AGGAAUGGAGGGCAGGGAGGGACGGUUUCGAGUCACUUAUUUAUCCUGUUUUUUCUCUCCUCUCUUACGCUAUGUCUGCCUUUCGCUACACCCACGCUAUAGUGUGCAGGAUACCAGAGUCCUACAGGGAUAACGGGAUAGGAGAAGCGGCAACGAUUGACUUGAAUUUGGCAAGAAAACAGCACGAGACAUAUGUGGCCACCUUACGUGAGAUCGGCCUGGAUGUGAUCGAGCUUCCCCCAGAUGAGGUCCACCCCCACUGCAUGUUCGUUGAAGAUGUGGCUGUGGUUUGUAAUGGUAUAGCACUCUUGACCAGACAGGGGCACCCGUCCAGAGAAAAGGAGGUUGAGUACAUGCGAUCCAUAUUGAAAAAUGAACUCGAGUUGCCUGUCAUUGAGAUCAGCGACGCCAAGGCAACGCUAGAUGGGGGGGAUGUGCUUUUUACAGGCAAGGAAUUCUUUGUGGGUUUGUCGUCCCGCACAAACCAGGCCGGAGCAUGUGCCCUUGCAUCUGCCUUUCCUGAGUUUCCGUGCACACCUAUCAAGGUAGAUAAUGCCUUACACCUAAAGUCUCUGCUGACAAUGGCUGGACCGGAAGUCAUGUGUGUGGGUAACACUCCAGAGGCCAAAGAUACCCUCAAGAGAAUUGAGAGGGAGGCCACUUUCCGCUACCAGACCCUAACUGUGCCAGACCUGGCUGCUGCCAACGUGGUUUUCGCCAAUGGUUUCCUUCUACAUGGAAGUGAAGACGAGUAUCCAGGAUCUUCCAAGAUCUUUGAAGAGAAACUCUCCCACUGGACCUUAAAACCAAUGGCCUUUACUGAGUUGUUGAAGUCUGGCGGCAAUCUCUCAAGUUGUUCCAUUCUCAUACGCAAAUCUCGGCAUCUCAAGAAUAUCAUGUAACAUUGCUUUUAACAUUACAUCAAGGUUCCUUUGGGAAUCAUAUUCAACUAUGUAACUAUAUAUAUGUACAUACAUAUACAUGUACAUAUAUGCAUAGAUGUUUGUAUGCAUUGUUUGCACAUACACAUUGUAUAUAUGUUGGAUAUAUACAAAUACAACCACAGGUCUUAUACAGAAAUAGUUGAGGAGUUAAACCUGUAUAAAUGCUAGCUGAUACAUAUACUUCCUUAAGACUAGGAAGAUAACAGAUGAAAAAGUCAGAGAAGGUGUAGUCCAAGAGCAGAGUCUUUUUAUCAUAGAUCACAAGAUGGUUAAUUAACUUUUUAAAAAGCCCUCAGAUACUUAGACCUUGUCUCAAAUUGUUGUCUGGGAUGAAAAAGGCCGCGCGUGAAGUCAUGGCCACUUAAAGUCUCAGGACGUCUAUGCUAUGCAGUCGAUAUAUAUCUCCCAAGUUUUGUGAAUAUUCCUCGCCGAUAUAUCUCAAGGUUAUGUGUGAUGGGCUUUGUGUAUGUAUGGAUAGAUAUUGGGUGCUCACAGGAAAGUGUACAGAUAGAUUAUGAUUUAUUGGUGGUAUUGCUGAUCGUCAGUAAGAAAACAGGUGCUGAUGCUCUGUAAACAAUCAGCUUUUGAUAUCUCUUUCCACUAUGGAUCUGAAGGAUGCACAACUUUUCUAUAUCAAGGUGUUGGAUUUUUUGGGGGUGGAAAAUAGAAAAUGUUGUGGGAAUAGGUUUGUUUUUUCUUCUUCUUCUUCUUUUACUCAGUGGAAAUCAACACUUGGAUGAAGCAAGUGCUUGAUGCAUAUUUGGCCUUUAAAGGUAGUAUUAUUAGAAGUCACCCUGUAAGUAGCUGCAGCACUUUCCAUGCCCUCUCAGAGACGAUAGUGAUUUUGUAACACCUUAUUCCUGUACAAAAGGUGAAUUCACUAAUCUUAAUGAUGAAAGACACCAGCAGUGCCAUGUAUAUUUUGUCACCAGCUUAGGCAGUGCAGUAAUUUUAAACUUUAGUGAUGAUAAGCCAACUUUUUUAUACACAUUUACCACACAGUUCUUGUAUGAAUUUCUGCUGGGAGACAUCAAUGGUAAUCUCUCUUCUGGUACAGAGCUUUCUCGGGACUAAGCACAGGCAAGCUACAGGCCCUACCUUAUGACGUACCACACAGCACUCUUGUUAACCAUGGUUGUGAAUAUCCUCGCUGAUAUAGUAUUAAUAACUAUUCUCAUUUCUAUGCUUCAUUUUUUCCCUUUCUUUAUCUCUAUCUUAUUUCUUAGGGGGGAGUAUUUCAGAUUUUAUUGUUGGGGGUGUGGGAGUAUUGUAGAAGAGGAGGAGCUCUUGUAUAGAAAGUCUGUCUUCAGAUCUGUAGGAUGCCUCUCAAAGGAUAUUCAUAACUGUGGAGUGGGAUUUUUGUUUUCUUCCUUUUUAUUAUUAUUAUUAAGUGGAAGGGAGGGGCAGCACGUAUGUUUUGUGGCAUUUUUCUUUACAUUUCUUUAAUGUAGAGAUAAUUGGGUGAUCCUAACCAUUUAUAAACUUAAGCUAAAUAACAGUAUUUACUGUUUAGGUGCUAUAUCAUUCCAAGAGAUUAUUUUUUAAUCAUCAUCAGAAAUUUGCAUGAAGGAAAGCAGAUCUGACAUGUAGAGUAAGUAAACAUUUCUGAAAUGUGGCGAACACAUAUGCAUUAAGUGUCCGCGUGCAUACGGUGUCUUGUUAAUUAGUCCUGUUGUGGGAUAUUAGAGUAUAAGGUGUAGACUUAAAAUUUUUCUUCCUUUUAGCCCUUAAGUUCUGCAUUUAUGGCAUUGGUGUAUAGAGAUUAGUUUAACAGUUGCUUAGAUUAGCCAGUGCUUACACGUGCAAAUACUUUCUGUCAUUCCACUUCUAAUCUUCUUAAUUUUGAAUGUGAAACUAAUUGUCUUUCAAAACUGGAAGAAGAGUGAUGUGAAAUUUUUUUCUGUUCUUUUUUUCAUCUUGUUUUCCCCCCUCAUUCAGUUAUCAUAAGAUCUAAUAGUAUCGAGGUUGCCUUGUCUAGAGUUCAAGGAAAUAAAACCUUAUUCUUUUAUG